UCUUAGUCCACAGGUUCUUACAAACACAUCUGGCCACAACUGGUCAGUACACAACUGCCACGCGAAAGUGAAACCACGAGAAAACAGCAGCCCCUCCCGAGUCACGUGGCCGCGGCUUCCGAACGCCGGGUUCGAUACCUGCGUGCGCCAGGUAUCGAACCUAAUUCUAUAAUUUUGUCGAUAGUUUUAAAAGUUGCUUGUGGCAAUGACCAAGUUGGAAAAAUAAUGUCAGAUUAUGGCGCUGUUAGCAACUUUAUUGACAUCAUCAUCGUUGAAAACAUCAACGGGCACGGUGCCUUACAUUGCAAUGUACGACAGUGAUCGCAACUUCUACUGAAGUUGGAAGAGACAACUGAAGAUGGGGGAGACGGUUUAGUCCCCGACUAUCCGACCAUGGAGCAGGUAGCACGGGAUUACAUGGUACCCGUGGCGGGGGGAACUCCCCCCGACCUGACCUUAAAACUAUACUGUUUAAGAAGGAACUGCAUAUGCUGGAAAAUCGAAGGUACACAAAAAUGCUGGAGAAACUCAGCGGAUGCAGCAGCAUCUAUGGAGCGAAGGAAAUAGCAACAUUUCGGGCCAAAACCCUUCUUCGGGCCGAAACCCUUCUUUGUUGUGUGCUAACCAGUCAGUGGAAAGACAAUACAUGAUUACAAUCGAGUUCUUCACAUUGUACAGAUGAUACAUGAUACAGGAAUAACGUUCAGUGUAAGAUAAAGCCAGUAAAGACCGAUCAAAGAUAGUCCGUGGAUUUCCAAUGAGAUAGAUAGUAGUUCAGGACGAAGAUAGACACAGAAUGCUGGAGUAACUCAGCAGGACUGGCAGCAUCUCUGGUGAGAAGGACUGGGGGACAUUUCGGGGCGAGACCCUUCUUCAGACCUGAAACGUCAUCUAUUCCUUCUCUCCAGAGGUGCUGCCCGUCCCGCUGAGUUACUCCAGCAUUUUGAGUCUACCUUCGGGUGAAAACCAAAGAUCAUCCGCUCUAUGAUCUUUGGUGAAAACCAGCAUCUGCAGUUCUUGAUUCUUGGUUUCUUGGUCCUCCAAAAUAUUCCAAAUGGAGGUGGUGGAGGGAAGACAUAAGCCAGAAAAGGGUUUGGGGGAGAAAGAGCUACCUUAAAUUUAGUUGUAUCUGGUUGGGUGACUAUGGGCUAAGUGUUCGGCUGGCGACCGGAAGGUAACCGGUUCGAAUCCCGCUUGGAGUGCAUACUGUCGUUGUGUCCUUGGGCAAGACACAUCACCCACCUUUGCCUGUGUGUGAAUGUGUGUGAGUGAUUGGUGGUGGUCGGAGAGGCCGUAGGCACAGAUUAGCUGCCACGUUUCCGUCAGUCUGCCCCAGGGCAGCUGUGGAUACAGAAGUAGCUCACCACCACCGAGUGUGACUGAGGAGUGAAUGAAUAAUGCGAUGUAAAGCGCCUUGAGUAUUAGAAAGGCGCUAUAUAAAUCCCAUCCAUUAUUAUUAUUAUUAUGGUAGGGUGAAGGUUAUUCCAUGCUUUAAUUAUGCGGGGUAGGAACGAAUUGCUGUGCACAUCUGUCUUGGUAACUGGAAUCUCAAAUUGGAUCGACUGCCCUCUGUACAUCAUCUUCCCACAAGUAGUUCAGAGACUGCUCUUUAGUUGUUGGUAGGACAGUUCAGUUCUUGGUUCUUGGUUUCUUGGUCCUCCAAAAUAUUCCAAAUGCCUGAUAACAGCUGGGAACAAACUGUUCCUGAAUCUAUUUGGUUAUGUCUGCAACUGCAAGCAGUCAUGCAUUGUAACUGUCGUGCAGGUAUAAUAAUUAAAGGGUGAUUUUGUUGAUAUCACUCUGAGAAGUCUGCGUGGAGAGUGUUGCUGCAGAGCAGAUGGGCUCCGUUGCCAUGGAAACCGCGAGCCACUGCGGCCUAGUGGGGCGAUGGCGGGCAGCAGCCUCGGCAGCUCGGCGUCGGAAGGCGGAGCGACCAAGCGGAAUGCAGUCAAGGACUAUUUGGAUCAAGAUUCAAAGAGGGAUGUUCACGUUUUUCAUUUGGCAACUGAAGUUGCAGAAAGCCCGGAAAAUAAGAUCCCCAUACUGCUGCUGAAGUUAAAAGAUAUCUUAAAAGGACCUCCAUUUGGAAGCCGUGAGUUAAAGCAGUUGAAGGAGGAUAUUUAUUACUAUGACCUGAUUCAGUACUGCGUACUGGUGCUUGCUCUGGACUUCCGCAACAUCCGAGGGCAAUGGUUCACAGCCGUGCAGCUGGCUGACAUACUCAGCACUGUCUGUGUGGGUCUGGAUCCAAAGAAUGAUGCAGAAGAAUUUCACGACAAAGUGUUGCCAUCAGCUGCAGACAAUCUAAUGUUGCUGGCACGAAGACUGCAGGCUCGCUUUCUCAAAGCUGAUGAGGAUGAUGAUAAACAAGAUUUUCUCCGCUAUUUCCACCAUGUGACUGACUCUCUUUGCUGGCUGCUAAGUGGCCACGCUCAUCUGACUCCGCAUGUCUUUCAGUCUGAUCAACUGCUCCAGUUGCUGCUCACUGACGAUAUGGAAACCACUGUCAUCAUGGUGUCUGUUCUGCUCAGUAUUCUCCAGCUCAACAGAACACUGCUGCUGUCUGUGAAGGAGAGAAGCAUCCAAUUAAUCCUGGACGAGGUAAUUUACGAGCUGUUUGAAAACACCAACCCAGUUAUCGGAAGCACAUGCAUUAAAAUCAUGCUGUUGAUUGUGGAAUCCCACCCUCCUACCCUGCAAAUGCUCAGGAAUUCCUACAAAGGUUUAAGUCGUCUUUUGAAUAAACUGUGGACAGGACGAGGUUUUGACGAGGACUUGUAUCAGCUCUUAGAACUGCUCCAUGUCGGGUCCUUCCAAGGAGUGAAGGAGCAGAAAUUUUACAGAGCUGCAAGCUUGAUCCAAGCAACGUGGAGAGCCCAUCAGACAAGAAAGCGGGUGAAGAAACUGCCAAAAGUUGUGACACAUUUACAAAGGAGUUUCAGGGCAAAACGUGCACAGGAUGCACAGCGGCUCGAGAAGGAGAGAGAGGAAGAGGAGCUGAGACACCUGCUUCAGCUACAGAGACAUCGGGCUCUUCGAGACUUUCGUCAGCGACAACUGGGCCUACUGGAAAUAGUCCCUGCAAGUGAAAUCGCGAAAUACCUAAAGCAUGAGAAGGAGCAAUCGGCAAUGGUGAUUCAGAAGGUCUGGCGUGGAUACAGACAGAGACAAAGCUUCAGCCAGCAGAAGUCGUCCCUGAAGAAAUUCAAGGCAGCCAUCAUUAUACAGAGAUCUGUGUUGAGGUUCUUAGAAAAACGUAGAAACCUGAGAAGAGAUAUCCUCACCUGGCGCGGACCGAAGGGUCUGACGGAUACACGGAGACAAGAACUGCGUGCCCAACUGGUGGACUAUGUCAAACAUCAUGCAGUUACUCAUGUGACAGAGGAGAGGACAAAGGAACAACACGCCCAGGUCCAGGAGAUGCUGGGUCAGUACCUCAUGAGGAGAAACUUAGAACGGAGGUCGGAGCUGCGGGGAGAGGCUCUGCUAGCCCAGAUUAACACCGACAUUGAGCUACUGAUGAGCGCUCCCAGCCUGAAGGAGGCGACUGAGAAGGACGUGGAGCUCUUUAACUGCAGGUCCGCUCCAGUGGCAGCCAGGGCCAAGCAGUGCCACGGUGCCAUGCUGCAGUCCGUCAGGGGCCCCUGGUGGAAGAAACUGGGCGACGAGAUGCAGGAUCCCGACACGAUCUACGCGGACGACGCGGACCUUGAUCUCGUCCUGUGAGCGGUGGAACGCAGGCCGCGGGCAUCGUGCGCCAGGCUGAUGUGCGGGAGGAGAGGUGGGGUGUGUGGGCUGGCAACGUUGUGGCCCGUGGGCGGCAAGCAGGAGGCGCUUGCAUCCUUUGUCCACGUGUGCAGUGGGAGGGAAAGCACUUGCGGAGCCCAAUUCCCAGCUUUUUACUGCACCUCGGACCAGGUGACAAUACACUGAGACUGAAACUGAGCUACUGCCUCACAGCGCCGGAGAACCGGAUUCGAUCCUGCGCUCGGGUGCCAUCUGUGUGGAGUCUGCAGGUUCUCCCGGAGACCGUGUGGGUCUGCUCCGGUUUCCUCCCGCGUCCCAAAGAUGUGCGGGAAGGAACCGCAGGUGCUGGUUUAUACCGCAGAAAGACACAAAGUGCUGGAGUAAUUCAGCGGGUCAGGCAGCAUCUCUGGAGGAAAAGAAUAGGUAACGUUUCGGGUCGGAAACCCGAUCCUAAAACUUCCGAGCCCGAGUCUGAAGAAGGGUUCUGACCCGAAACAUCACCUAUAUAACCAUAUAACCAUAUAACAAUUACAGCACGGAAACAGGCCAUCUCGGCCCUUCUAGUCCGUGCCGAACACUUAUUCUCCCCUAGUCCCAUCUACCUGCACUCAGACCACAACCCUCCAUUCCUUUCCCGCCCAUAUACCUAUCCAUUUUAUUUUUAAAUGAUAAAAUCGAACCUGCCUCCACCACUUCCACUGGAAGCUCAUUCCACACAGCUACCACUCUCUGAGUAAAGAAGUUCCCCCUCAUGUUGCCCCUAAACUUCUGUCCCUUAAUUCUCAAAUCAUGUCCUCUUGUUUGAAUCUUCCCUACUCUCAAUGGGAAAAGCUUAUCCACGUCAACUCUGUCUAUCCCUCUCAUCAUUUUUAAGUCCUCUAUCAAGUCCCCCCUUAACCUUCUGUGCUCCAAAGAAUAAAGACCUAACUUGUUCAACCUUUCUCUGUAACUGAGGUGCUGAAACCCAGGCAACAUUCUAGUAAAUCUCCUCUGUACUCGCUCUAUUUUGUUGACAUCUUUCCUAUAAUUUGACGACCAGAAUUGUACACCAUAUUCCAGAAUUGGCCUCACCAAUGCCUUGUACAAUUUUAACAUUACAUCCCAACUUCUAUACUCAAUGCUCUGAUUUAUAUAGGCCAGCAGACCAAAAGGUUUCUUUACCACCCUAUCUACAUGUAAGUGGUAGCGAAUUCAUGUUCUUCAGUGAUGCUGCCUGACCCGCUGAGCUACGCUGACAUUUUGUGUCUAUCAAAGAAGGGCAGGUUUGCAGGUUAAUUGCCCCUAGUGGAUGGGAAAGUGGGAUAACAUAGAACCUGUGGGAACGGCUGAUCAAUGGGCGGUGUGGGCUCAGUGAGCCCAAGGGCCUCCAGUAUUUUCAUGCUGUAUCCCUAAACUGAACUCAGUAUUUUCUUUUGAAAGCAGUGGCUGUUAUGGUGCUGAAAGAGUUGGUAACAGACUACAGACAACAACCUCGCAAACCACAAUUGUUCCUUUUUAAUAAAGUUUAUUUAAAUUAUAAA